AUGUCAGAUCUGGAUGCUCUAGAGGCCGAGUUCGGGCGUGGGAAAGAGGAGGAAACGCGCACCACGGCUGCACGCGCAGACGCCGAAAGUUUCGAGCUCGAAGACGGCGCCAUAAAGCCUAAAAAAACCGACAAAGAUGGGAAAAAUAGAGGCUACAAUAAUUACAACAAUCACAACAAUUACGGCAGCUACGGCCAUCCCGGCCUGGACAAUAUCACACAAAUUUCAGCAUACGAAGAACCAACGGUGGGCCUUGCAGACUGGUUCAAUGCUAAACUAAAACCGUACCUGUCGUCAGGUCACGUGGCAACGUAUCUGCGCAGUCUGUUCCCAGUCCUAGGGUGGAUCCACCACUAUAAUCUGCGCUGGUUAUACCAAGACGUGGUGGCCGGAAUCACAGUCGGAUGCGUGCUGGUCCCGCAAUCGAUGUCAUAUGCCCAAAUUGCAACGCUGCCACCACAGUUCGGGCUGUACUCGUCGUUCGUCGGUGCGUUCAUCUACUCGUUCUUCGCUACCAGUAAAGACGUGUGCAUCGGGCCUGUCGCCGUGAUGUCGCUGCAGACGGCGAAGGUCGUCAGUGCUGUAUUGGCAAAACUACCGGAUGACUCGGGCAUUACGGGCCCUGUGAUUGCCACGGCGCUGGCGCUGCUUUGUGGGAUCAUUUCCACCGGUUUGGGUCUGCUCAGACUUGGGUUUUUGGUCGAAUUAAUUUCGACGACAGCAGUUGGCGGGUUUAUGACCGGUUCGGCCGUCAACAUCAUCGCAGGCCAGGUGCCAGCGCUAAUGGGCUACAAUAAAAAGGUUAACACACGCACAAGCACUUACAAAGUGAUUAUUUCGACGCUCAAGCAUCUGCCGGACACCAAGUUGGACGCCGCUUUUGGGCUCGUGCCGUUGAUCAUCCUGUACGCGUGGAAGUGGAUCUGCAACUCUGGCGGGCCCAGACUGGUAGAGCGCUACUGUCGGCGUCAGCGGACUGCUAAGGCGUGGGGAGGUUUCUUCUUUUACGCUCAAGCACUUCGGAACGCUGUAGUGAUUAUUGUUUGCACCGCGAUCGCUUGGGGCAUCAGUCACAAGCGCAUGAAGAACCCACCCAUCUCGCUCCUGGGCAAGGUACCUUCUGGUCUGAAAGACGUGGGUGUGAUGGAGUUGCCAGACGGACUACUGGCCAAGAUCGCGCCAGAAUUGCCUGCUUCUGUAAUUGUGCUGCUACUGGAGCAUAUCGCCAUUUCCAAAGCCUUUGGCAGAGUCAACGACUACCGUGUGGUGCCAGACCAGGAGCUGAUUGCCAUUGGAGCCACCAAUUUGAUCGGAACAUUUUUCAACGCGUACCCAGCCACAGGCUCGUUUUCGAGAUCUGCUUUGAAGGCAAAAUGCAAUGUCAGCACCCCAUUGUCCGGUCUCUUUUCGGGCGCCUGCGUUUUGGUGGCAAUCUACUGUUUAACGUCUGCAUUCAGAUUUAUUCCUAAAGCCACAUUGAGUGCGGUCAUCAUCCAUGCCGUCAGCGACUUGGUUGCGUCAUACCAAACCACUUGGAGCUUUUAUCGCACAAACCCGCUUGAUUUCAUCUGCUUCUUGGUGACCGUUUUGAUCUCUGUGUUCAGCAGCAUCGAAAAUGGUAUUUACUUUGCCAUGUGUUGGUCCGUUGCCGCUUUGUUGUGGAAAGUGGCUUUCCCCAGCGGCCAGUUCUUGGGUCGCGUGGAAGUCGCAGAAGUGGUCAACCCCGUUGUUUCCAGCGACGAGAACAGCAGUUUGAAUGAUGGGCGUCUAGAUAGUCUUUCGGGCUCAUAUUCGGAUGUUUGGCCCGACGCUAAGCUCCAAGUGAAAACCGAUAUCGAAGCGGCAGGGUCGGGGUCUUUGACGGACGAAUUAGCCAAGCACAAUACCACGCUACGCAACAGUUCUAAUCCUGGUGUCAAAUUUCACACCAAAUGGGUUCCCUUUGACGCAUACAACAGAGAGACCAACCCCGGCGUCAGCGUUCUACCUCCUCCUCCAGGAGUCAUUGUGUUCCGCCCUAGCGAGAGUUGGACCUACGUGAACUGCUCGCGCCAGUACAAUGUGAUCUUUGACGAAGUAACCCGCGUAACGCGCCGAGGUCGGGUCGCGGUUGCCCGCUCGAACAGCAACAAGAAGUGGAACGACCCUGGCGAGUGGACGCCCCCACGGUUUCUGCAAAAGUUCCUAAAAAACAAGAAACGGAACACUGCUGAUGGCUAUGACGACAAUGGUGCGUUUGUUGAGAGAGACGAGCGUCCAGUGUUACGUGUUAUAGCCAUGGACUGGUCGCAAGUGGCUCAAGCUGAUUCUACGGGUCUGCAGACGCUGGUAGAUCUGCGUAAAGCCGUGAGCAAGUACGCAGACCGCCAGGUGGAGUUCCAUUUCAGCGGUAUCAUCUCGCCAUGGAUCAAGCGUGGGCUAAUAAACGUCGGAUUUGGCACGGUAAACGCUGAAUACGCCGACGAGUCGUUGCUAGCGGGCCAUUCCAGCUACCAUGUGUUGAGAGCUGCUCCAACUACAGCAACCGAUCCAAUUGACCAAGACCAGACCGACCAAAAUGCCAUUUUCACCGCAACAGGCACCAACACUCCAUUUUUCCAUCUGGAGAUGCCAGAUUUUUCGCAGUGGGACUUGGCAGAAGCGUCUUUGUGA